GGCUGCAUGUACCAUCGAGGCUUUUAGGUUUCUGUAGUGUGCAUCAAUGUGAUGCAAAUGUCUCUUUAUUAACAUUAAAAUUAAUACAUUUCUUUUUUAAUGGAACAAGCUCCAGGGUAGCAGCCAGGAAUAAAGGAUAAUUUGAGGAUGCUGUGGAGACAGCGCGCGCUGUUAUUGCACAGUCUCUCUCUCUCUCUCUCUCUCUCUCUCUUUAAUCCCUCCCCUAUUGGUACCCUUUCUCUCGCACGCACGAGCAUCCUCCGUCAUGGCGUCUUCCAACCAUGUCACCCCCACCAACUGCAGCUGGUGGCCCAUUUCGGCCAUGAGCGAGGACGACAAGCUCGCGGACGGAGAGGAGAGUCACGACCCACCAGUGGAGCACAAGCCCUUCUCUAAAGACCGGCUCGUUUUGUACCACUGGACGCAGUCUUUCAGCUCGCAAAAGGUGCGUCUGGUGAUUAACGAGAAGGGUCUUCUGUGUGAAGAGCGGGAUGUAAGUCUACCUCUGACUGAGCACAAGGAACCCUGGUUUAUGAGGCUCAACCUGGGAGAGGAAGUGCCUGUCUUCAUACAUGGAGACAUCAUUGUCAGCGAUUACAACCAAAUCAUUGAAUACAUAGAGACGAACUUUGUGGGUGAUACAAUAUCCCAGCUUAUUCCAGAAGAAGGCACUCCCAUCAAUGCUCGGGUGAAGCAGUAUCGAGAGCUUCUGGAUGGCCUGCCCAUGGAUGCCUACACACAUGGCUGCAUCCUCCACCCUGAACUCACCACUGACUCCAUGAUCCCAAAGUACGCCACUGCUGAAAUUCGUAGACACUUGGCCAAUGCAGCAUCUGAACUGAUGAAGCUGGACCAUGAGGAGCCACAGCUGACAGAGCCACACCUUUCAAAGCAGAAAAAACUCAUGGCAAAGAUACUGGACCAUGAUAAUGUGAACUACCUGAAGAAGAUCCUUGUUGAGUUGGCAAUGGUAUUAGACCAGGUAGAGGCAGAACUUGAAAAGAGGAAACUAGAAUAUAAAGGUCAAACGUGCGAGUUGUGGCUUUGCGGACCUGACUUUACAGUAGCUGAUAUAUGUCUAGGAGCAACAUUGCACAGGCUCAAGUUCUUGGGACUUUCAAAGAAGUACUGGGAGGAUGGAAGCAGACCCAACCUCCAGUCUUUUUUCGAGCGUGUGCAGAAGCGUUACGCUUUCCGCAAAGUGCUGGGAGACAUCCACACCACCUUACUGUCGGCGGUUCUACCUAACGCAUUCCGAAUGGUAAAAAAGAAGCCACCAUCCUUCUUUGGCGCAUCCUUCUUAAUGGGUUCUUUAGGUGGAAUGGGCUAUUUUGCCUAUUGGUUUUUAAAAAAGAAAUACAUGUAGUAUAUACUCUAUUACUGUGUACUGUGUCUGUGAAUUUUGUGUGAAGCUGCAACGUUUCUGUACCAGAUGUUGUGCAACAGCUGGAAUUACGACGCGGUGCAGAGAACACCCUAUUAUCUGAGGAUUAAAUAAGAACAUUCCAUGACAAGGAAUUCUUCUUAAAACA